AUGGUCACGACACCAACCUUCUCUGGAUUGGGACCACCCGAGCAAUGUUUCUCAACGGAACUUAAGACCGGCCCUACUCCCCAGACUAAAAUGGUAGGCCACGACCAGAGCCACCAACCACGAGAAAUAUCUCCUGACAAAUCUGGCCGAUCAUCCUUCUCGUCAGUACGCGAGAACGAUUCGGAUCUCGCUCAGACCUUUACUAGCACCAAGGUAUCUUCCUACCUCAAAGAGGCUGAACAAGAAGACCAAGCCAUAGACGAUUUACCGUCACCUCUUGAUAUGGCUACAUGCACUAAGACGCAAUUCAGGCCACCGCUUACACAACCACACAGCAGACUGCAUGGCAACUGGCUGCCUGCUGUCGCUGCCGAUGGCUUCCAGGGAUGGAAGCAGAUUGGUGUUAAAGGCAAGACGGCGAGUAGAAGCUUCGGUGACUUACAGGCAUUGAGGAUAGUAUGGUCAGCGCCAGCAACUCAACCUAAGCCGAAGAGCCCUGGCCGACCACUACCCGGGCACGCUCCGAUUGAGCAACUGCCUCUUGAACUUCUGGGUUCUAUUAUUGAACACCUCAUCCUUGAUAUACCACCUAACGGCAUUUCUGCCCGUAAUGUGGAUUUGAUGUCACUACUAGUGACCUCGAAGACAUUGCACACGGCAACGCUGAAUGCCCUAUACAGGAACAUCACGAUUCCCCACUCAAGAAUCUUCCGAAAGUUCCUUAACCACAUUUCGGCAAACCAGGAGCUCGGCACUGUUGUUCGGCGCCUGGAUUUCAGCCAUUUCAACCCUCAGAUCUUCUUCUCGACUGCUUCGGAGCGGCUCACUACUCAGAACCUGACGCCUGAGACUCUAUUGAAAUGCCUCGAGCUUACUCCCUAUUUGAGGGAGUUCUUGGCACAGGAGUACAUUGAUGAGGAAAUCAGCGAGGGCGUUUUGAAGAAGCUCUUUUUCCGUCUCGAGAGACUCCAGGCUAUCGAUUUUACGGGCUGCCACGCAGCCCCGUUCAAGGAUGCCAUGUCGUCGCUCGUGGCGGGUGAGUGGCCGGAGACACUGUCAAUUUUGCGACUGUCUUUUCACAAAUGUACCAACCUACCAUCCGAGGUCUUUUCCACUAUGCUGCCCAGACUGGCUCAGUUAACCCAUCUGGACGUGGCUGGCACGCGCAUCACCGACGAGGCCCUCCUGUCAAUUCCGCACACGGCUAGGCUUUCUCAUUUAAAUCUGGCCAAGUGUAAGCUGUUGACAGCAGAAGGUGUCGUCGACUUCAUUACCAACCACCCUGCUGCUAAGGAACUCGUCUUUCUUAGUCUCGCUGCUGACGCUACAAGUCAUCAACUCUUGGAAGCGGAAGAUGUCACCGCUUUGCUCCCUCACCUGCCUGCGACGCUGCGCUCGUUGAGUCUAAAGGGUAGCAUCAUGGAUGCCACCCACAUCGACAUGCUACGUCCUUUGGCCAAGCACCUUGAGGAGCUCUCCUUGGGCAGACGGAUGAAGAUCAGCGAUGUUGAACGUAUCUUCAGACCCGAUGAGAAUGAUGACGACUACAGCAUGGAAAUUGAUUGGGUUCCACAUUCUCUCAAGUAUAUCGACCUUUCCGACUACACAACCUCUGAGUUGGACCUAAGCUCUCUUUUGAACCGGAGAACUUCGAUCCUGGAAAAGUACUCAGCGCCACUGGAGGUCGUCGAGGUCAGCGAAGACGCGUACAAGCGUCUGGCGAAAUCGUCGAGCGUCGAAAGAUGUGGCUGGACGGUUACGGAGUUUGGUAACCGGGCCUGGCUGGUACGGAAACAGGCAGCAGAAGAUGAUCAGAGAGACUCUGGUCUACGUUCAUGGAAAUCCGGUGCCUCUUUUUGGGGCAUGCGAAAGAUACCCAUGGCCAAGCAGGAAGUUGGUGGCAUGUACGGAUCGUACAUGUUCAAGCGAAAGUUGUGAUUUGAAACAUCGGGCCGGCGCCCUCUCCUCUCUCUGGGUUGUUCUCUGUUUCCCUCAUACGAUAUCCUAUGGCAUGCAAUCAUCUCUCUUCACUUUCUCCGCACCUUCUCGUUUUUAUUUUAUUUUCCUUGUCAAGUUUCA